CAUCAUAGUUGUCUGAUUUUAAUUAAAGGAUUAGGAGGAAGCUGCCUCUCUCAAUGAUUGCGAGGAGAGUGGUGGCCUCAAUGAAAUGAAAUCCCACUCGUUGCCCUCAUCAAGCUACACCCAUGCCAAACAAGACCCAAGGAGGAGGAGGAGGGUAGUUUGGGCAUUUCAGCGAGACAAGUGACGGCAAUGACCAAAAUGGGGAAUGCCCUAAGUGUCUUAGGUGGGUGAUGGAGCAGAGGGAGAGCCGAGCGCCACACGUUGCCCGCAGGCGUAAAGACAACAGUGCCAACCAUGCACUGUGUUUCCAAAUUUUGGUUGGCCUACCGCGACGGAAAUGGGAUUCUCUGCGUGAUUUUGACUGAAUCACCCUCCAAGAAACAUCCUCUCUCUCUGUCUCUCUCUCUCUUCCAAUUUGUGUUUCUUAGCAUUCUCAUUUCUCCAAAGCUGGGUAGAGAGAGAGAGAGAGAGUACCAAAAGGAGCAGAGAUACAAAAAUACAAGUGGGGAAAAAGCAGGACAAAGGCAGAGUGACCAAGAUGGGUACGGCGGUUAGCCCAUUCAUAGACCAACAGUACUCUCUUCCCAAGAAGCUCAUCCCCUGCGCCCUCUAUGCCCUUCUCCCCCUAGCCCUCCUCCGCUUAUACUUCUACCCUCUUCCCCUUCUCCAAUCUCCCAUCUCAGAUCACACCAAGCUCACCUAUCCCAAUCCCCAAAAUUCCAAUUCCAUAACCCUCCCCCCCGCCGGUGGAGUCGCCGGCGCCACCUCCCCCGCCAUAGCCAGUGUCACUACCCAGCCGCCGCCGCCGCCACCACCACCGUCACCGCCACCACCGCCAGCAGCAUCAUCUUCUUCUGCCCAAAUAGAGAAAGAAGGUGCCAGAAGCGAGAUUCGUCAAUGUGACCUCACCAAUGGGAGGUGGGUCCCGGACAAAUCAGGCCCCCUGUACAGCGCCAGGAGGUGCCGCACGAUCAAGGACGGCCAGAACUGCGCCGCCCACGGCAGGCCCGACCGCGGCUACCUCAAUUGGCGGUGGAAGCCCAAGAAUUGCAACCUCUCCAGGUUCCAGCCCAAGGCCUUCCUCCGCCUCCUCCGCAACAAACACCUCGCCUUCGUCGGCGACUCCUUAGCUCGCAACCAAUUGGAGUCUCUACUCUGUAUGCUCGCAACCGUCUCCGCCCCCAAACUCGUCUACCGGCGCGAAGACAACAAGUUCCGGCGGUGGUUCUUCCGUUCUUUCAACGCAACCGUCUCAAUUUACUGGUCCCCGUUUCUCGUCAAGGGCAUCGAGAAGACGACUGCGGCGGAUUACAACACAUUGUAUUUGGAUUCCAUCGACGAGAGAUGGGCGUCGGAUUUGGAUCGAAUUGACGCGGUCGUCCUCUCGAUCGGCCACUGGUUUCUUCACCCGGCGGUGUAUUUGGAGGGAGACUCGGUACUGGGUUGCCAUUAUUGCCUGGGUAUGAACCACACAGAGAUCGGAUUCUACGGCGUGUUCAGGAAGGCGUUGAAGACGACCCUUAAGGCCAUAAUCGAAAAUCAGAGGCGCAGAGCAAGAGGGCACGGCGGAAUUGAUGUGACCGUGACGACAUUUUCGCCGGCCCACUUCGAGGGCGAUUGGGACAAGGCUGGGGCUUGUCCAAAGAAGCAGCCAUUCAAGGAGGGAGAGAAGAUUUUGGAAGGAAUGGACGCGGAGAUGAGGAAAGUUGAAGUGGAAGAAGUGGAAGAAGCAAGGAAAUUGGGAAGUGGGUUGAGGGUUACGGCACUGGACGUGACGAAAUUGGCAUUGAUGCGGCCGGACGGCCAUCCAGGGCCGUAUAUGAACCCUUAUCCGUUUGUCAAUGGAGUCACAGAUCGAGUGCAGAAUGACUGUGUGCACUGGUGCUUGCCGGGGCCUAUUGACACUUGGAAUGAGAUAUUACUGGAGAUGAUGAGGAGAAGGCAGGAGCAAACAAGGAGAAGAGACUGAUGAGAUGGUUUUGUUUUUCUUGUUUUUGUUUUAGUUUUUUUGGGAUUUAGACAAAUGACACACACACAGGGCGAUGCCUUUGCAUUUCACAAUGAUUGGUUAUUGUUAUUAAUUUAUUAUCAUUUUUUCCCUGGAUUGUUUAAUUGUUUGUUUUGUUUUUUGUUCUACACUUGGAAUUGGAUGGUGCCAUAGAGAAAUUGGCUUUCUUUUCUAGGAAAUUCUGGAGAAAGAAGAACUGGGUACUUCUGUGAAUCUGUGUUUAUCAAGAUGAAUUUUAAUUUGCAGCUUUCUCACCUA